AAUGCUACAAAUGGAGAGGCGUUAGUAAAGCCAGUUACAUUCAAGAAGGAUUUCAAACCGCAUUAUUCGACGUUCAGUUUUAGUCUCCACACUUUUGAAAAUAAACUAAUCAAAUCAGUUGAAUUCAGGCGAGUUUAUAAUUAAGUAUGCUGCCCAACAUGUGAAGAAGAAAAAGGAAGACCAAGCUUUAGGUUAGAGUAAUUUCUCACCUCACGAUACAUCGUCAAGUUUUUCCAUCGCUCAACAGGUGCGAAAUAUUGAGCACAAUUUGCAGUUCGAAAUAAUAGAAAAAUGGUUCGUCGGUUGACUUCUAAGGAAAAAAUUCAAGCAUUCAUAAGAGUUACAGGAGGUGGUUUGGUAAUAUUCAGCGGUGUAAACAUCUGUACUGGAAAUGAAAAGUUCUAUGACAAUGUUGUGAUGCCUCUUGUUCGCUUUAUUGACCCAGAGACAUCACAUAACAUUGCCAUAGCAGCAGCUAAGUUUGGCUUCAUUUCCAAUGGAACUUACCAUGAUCCUAUAAGAUUGAAAACUACGGUAUGGGGAUUAAACUUUAACAAUCCAUUGGGCAUAGCAGCUGGAUUUGAUAAACAGGGAGAAGCAGUUGAUGGGUUGCAUAAAAUUGGAUUUGGAUUUGUGGAAGUUGGAUCUGUAACACCAGUACCACAGGAUGGAAAUGCAAAACCUCGAGUUUUUCGGUUGACUGAAGAUAAAGCUGUUAUUAAUAGGUACGGAUUUAACAGCGAUGGUCACCAAGCUGUCUUUGAUCGCUUACAAAAUACCAAAAGUCAUACAGACUUUACAGGAAUAAUUGGAGUUAAUUUGGGCAAAAAUAAAACUACACCUGACCAUGUGCAAGAUUACAUAGACGGCAUCAAAAAAUUUGGAGAUGUAGCUGAUUACUUUGUGAUCAAUGUGUCUAGCCCCAAUACUCCCGGGUUGCGUGCCUUACAAGAUAAAAGACAUCUAGAAGAAUUGAUAUCCAAGAUCAACAUGGCGUCUGAAGGGUUAGCCAGAAAGCCACCUUUGCUAGUUAAGCUAGCUCCUGACUUGAGUGACCAAGAACGGCAAGAUAUAGCUGAUAUUAUCAAUUCAUCUAAAUGCAGAAUAGACGGACUAGUGAUAUCUAAUACUACCAUUCAACGGUCAAACUUGAUAAGUUCUCAUAGAGAAGAAACUGGUGGCCUCAGCGGAGCACCACUGACGCACCUUUCAACCGCAAUGAUCAGAGACAUGUAUUGUAGGACUAAUGGAAAAAUACCGAUCAUAGGCGUUGGUGGUAUAUUCACUGGUGAAGACGCUUAUGAAAAAAUCAAAGCUGGAGCAACAUUAGUCCAAAUUUAUACAUCAUAUAUAUACCACGGCCCUCCAAUUGUGAAACGAAUAAAAAAAGAAUUAGACGAACUUUUAAUAAAGGAUGGGUAUACCUCUGUGGUUGAUGCAGUUGGCAAGGAUUCAAUUAAGUCCAAAACUUAGUGAUGUCAUUCUUAUACUUGAUUCUUAUUUCUUAAUUCCUGACAACAGCCAUGCAGAUUCCCCCUGCUACUCAUUGUUAGCUGCUAACAUCUAUAUGAACUGAUAAAAAGCUCAAACUUCGAAUGGUGUAUGCUGGAAUUAAACAACGAUAAUAUCUUCGAAUACCUUUUACAUUCUACCAGAAGUGUGAUCGCAAAUAUAAAACAUGGUAAUUGUAAGUCAUUGAAUGUUCACAAGCGGAAUUUCAAGAAGGAAUGACCUGUUAUGAUCUAAGUUAAAUCGACGUAAGUUUACAUUUACUAAAUUUUAUAGAGACACAUCUACAACUAGUCAUAUUUGUAUAAUCUGCAGAAAGUUUGAAGGGAGAUAAUAAGGCAAUAAAAUCAAGUAGUCUCUAAAACUUCUACAGGGCUUGCUACAGUAACGAGUUGUGUAAUAUUUGAUAGGAAAAUUAUAGUGUUUAUUCCUCGCUCCUGCAAACUGCCAAUAAACUUAUUCAUAUAAUCGA